ACAACGGAGGCGCGUUCACGUGUCCGCCACCGGCUCCUGCGCUGUGACAGAGAGCAUCAUCACAACACUGGCACAGCCCACAGCUUCCUCUGGCCGGAUAUCGCAGGAGGACGACAGGGAAUUUAGAGGUUAAAUUAAAAACAACAACACGAGAGACCAGGGAGGCUGUGCGCCAAGGAGCCGAGGAGAAACCAGCAUCCAUCCUUGCAGCAGGAGCAGCAGGAGGAGCAGUGGUGGUGUUAGUACAGAAGCAGAUUCGAGGAUUUUCCGUGUCGGUUUCCCGGUGCUCCGCACACCCUGUGCCUUUGAACCAGCAGCGGGGAGGAGGGGAGGACCAGAGAGGAGGCUGUGCAGAAAGGAGGAGGACCAUGGAGGGGAUGCAGGCAUACGGAGCCGGGAAAGCCGGAGGAGCCUUCGACCCCGUCACCUUCUUCCAGCAGCCUCAGACCAUUCUCCGCAUAGUGUCUUGGCUCUUCUCCAUCGUGAUCUUCGGCUGCAUCGCCAACGAGGGCUACAUCAACCGCCCCGACGAAGUGGAAGAGUACUGCAUCUUCAACCGCAACCAGAACGCCUGUAAUUAUGGCGUCUUCAUGGGCUCCAUGGCCUUCCUCUGCUGCAUGGCCUUCCUGGCUCUGGACGUCUACUUUCCCCAAAUCAGCAGCGUCAAAGACCGUAAGAAGGCAGUGCUGGCUGAUGUUGGGGUGUCAGGGACGUUGAGGACUGUGCCUGUGGAUGAGAGGGUGGAGGAAGUGGUCCAAGGGACUGCUCCAACUAUCAGGCCAAACAGUUGA